GGUAUAACCUCGCGCGUGAACAGCUGAUGGUCGAAAUAUUACGGUUACGUUUGUUUUGUGUCGUGUCUAGUGUUGUGAGGGAGUGUUUUGUGAGUUAGUGUAAAAUGAGAUGGAGGACUAAUUAAUUUGAAUCUUUGAAUGAUUCUACAAACAUUACAAUCAGCCUAGAAAAAGAACCCAAACUAAAACUUGGACAUAGCCACUUUUUGGGAUCAAUAUUGGUUUUGAAGCCAAUUGUUUUUCUAGUGUUUACCUUGGCUCGCCCCGAGCCCGAGGGGCAGACGCCCGCCACUUUCUCCAGCAGCUACUGAGGCUGCUGAGGCUGCUGAUACCAUGGACUCCGGUCUGAUCCGGCUGCUGAUCGUCGCCGCGCUGUUUCUGCUGCUAGCAGGUGACUAUGGAUAUCUCCUGGAUCAGCUGACAGGAGUGUUUGGUCCAGAGGAAGCCGAUGGAGAGGUUGCCGCCAAGGUCGCUGAAGAAGAUGCGACAGAAUUGGCCUUCAAGGAGACCGGUCGUUCAGCCAAAGCCCAGUUGAUGUCCACCAUGAAGAACUCCUGUCUACCCAAGUUGAUCUGUGAGCUCAAUGCGACGCCGCAGAAAGAGAAGCUCUCAGACUCCGAAAAAGCUCUUCUGUCUCUCAUAAGUGACACGACCAUCAGCACGACCGCCGAGGUGACGUCGAAGUACCACUUCGCCGCACACAUGGGACAGCUGAUCGCAGGGGUUGAUGGUGCGGGAUGUCACAACUUCUACCCAUCGUGUCCCUUUCCGGGGGUGCAAGUACUCAACAUGAUCAAGGCCAUCCGGCUGAAGCCGCCCUCCUAGGCUAGACACACUGGACAAUUGGACACUAGCCAUCCUCCUAGGCUAGACACACUGGACAAUUGGACACUAGCCAUCCUCCUAGGCUAGACACACCAGACAAUUGGACACUAGCCACCCUCCUAGGCUAGACACACCAGACAAUUGGACACUAGUCGCACCAUCUACAUAGAUGGACCUUCUGACUGUGAUUUGUAUAUAGAUACUUGUACAGAUAUUAGAUGAAACUUUUUAGAAUUUUUAUUUUUAAGUUGAUUACUUAAGGAUGAUAAAGAAAUGCUGUUAAAAUACCAGUUCUUAAUGUAAGGAUGGCUUAAUAACAUUGAAAUACUGGAAAGGAAAGAGAGAAAGAGAUGUGCCUUUGAAUACAUUUCGGUUUUAUAACAAAAUAACGUUACUAAACGUUUUUCCUUUUCCCUUAUGAAACGUGAAAUGAUAACUGUAUGUAUUUGCACUUCAGCAGAAUAUCUCAGAAGUAAUUUAAAAAAUAUAAAGGUAAUAAGGUAAAUAAUGAUUCAUGUUCAUCUCAGAUUAGUGAAUAAACUCGACUUCCACCGAAAAUAAAUUUAUAUAGCCAGGCUCUAUAAUUUUGCAAAGACCGAAAUGACAUAUAUUAAACAUUAUAAUCUAGACAUAGUUUAUGAACCUUGGAUUAUAUUACCACAAAAAAUAUUUUUUUUGACAGAAUAAGGCUUUACGUUAUAGUAAUACACUUUUACAUGUGUGAUAUAAAACUGCAAAAUAGAAUGUCAAGAAAUAAAAGAUUGUGAAAAAUGCACUUCAGUCAAAGUGCAUUGAUCUAUCAGGUUGUACAUUGUAGUUUUAAGGAAGCUUUAAGUGAUAUUUUAAUGUUAGUUAGCGCUUUUUGUAAUUUAUAUGAUUUUCGUAAAGCAGAUAUUUCUUAUUAACUGUUGAACAAUUUCAAAACCCCACAGGGCUAUACGUUAUUUGAUCAUUGAGUUUGUUUUUAUAUUUUGCCGGAUAGAUAGUCUAAUAGAAUACAUAAAGUUUAUACCAUAAUUUUAUUUUUAACUUGUGUAUAUGUAGAAAUUUACCCCAUCAUUGAAUAUUUGGAAAGUUCUGUAUGAAAUAGUUUCACGUGCAAAAUGUGUACAAUGACUUGUAAAGAAAAUCGAAAAAGUCAUAGUACAAAUCAUACAGUGCAGCAAAAAACAAUAGGCCUACUAAAGACUACAAGAUAAUACAAAUAAUUGAACAAUCGUAUAUACAUUAGCCUUUAAGACACCACUUACCUUUGUAUAUUUGAUGUAAAUAUGUUUAAUCUUUUAGUUACUGUAUAAUACUUUUGUAAAUAAACAAUACAUGUUACCAUUUUGAAUCUCAAAACCGAUUUUAACAUGUCUAAGAUAUAUUUUAGUUUUCAUAGAAUGUAAAAAAGUGUACGGUUGAAAACUAACUCUAGUGUUUAUUAGUUUUUAUUUUUAAUGUUUUCGAAUGCGUCCAAAUCAUUUUUACUGAAUCAUUUGCUUGUGUUGUUUGAUUAUGAGAUUAAAAUAUUUUACAGAG